AUGUCCCACCCCCAACCCCUGCACUCCGUCCUCAUCAUCGGCGCCGGCCCCUGCGGCCUAGCCGUCGCCGCCCGCCUCCGCGAAGAGACGCCCUCGGCCAUGUUCACCGACGACGAGCACCAGCGCUACCACUGGAUCAACAAGCACCGGGGCCGGAUGGCGUUGGUGCAGGCGCACGCGCGGCGGCGGAGGGGCGUGCGGGCCGAGCGGUACGGCUCGGGUUCAGAUUCCGUGCCUGGCUUGGUUCCGUCCGGGUCCUCCUCUUCGUCAGAAUCCUCGGAUACAUCCGUAUCCGGGCAUGAGGAUGAGGAAGGAGCUGAAGAAGAGGGUGAAGCCGACGGAACGCUGGUGCUGGACGGCUCCGGCCCCCGGUGGAUGGAGAAGUGGCACCGCGCGUUCCGGACGCUGGAGAUCGAGCAGCUGCGCAGCCCCAUGUUCUUCCACGUGGAUCCGCGGGACCGCGAUGGGAUGCUGGCGUAUUCGCAGGAAGAAGACCGGCUGGGGGAUCUGUGGGAGAUUUCCGGGUGCGUGGGGAAGGAGUUGAGUAAGCAUCGGAGGAAGAAGCUGCGGGGGGGGAGGGGCAAACCCCCCACCGAGCCCGAAAUCGACGAACGAGACCGCAAGGACUACUUCUCCCCGUCCACCGGCCUCUUCGCCGACUACUGCGCCAGCAUCGUCGCGCGGUACCGCCUCGACCGCCCGGGGCUCAUCCGCCAGAGCGAAGUCACCGACAUCCAGUACGGGCACCUGCCGCACUCCGACUCGGCCACGUCCAAAGUCUUCACGGUGACCGCCGCCGACGGCACGCAGCACUACAGCCGCGCCGUGGUGCUCGCCAUCGGGCCGGGCCCGCAGAAGAUCCUCCCGUUCGCGCUGACCCCCACCGAGCAGCAGGGCGCCUGCCACAGCUCGGACAUCCGCGCGUUCCCCAGCGCCAACGUCCAGGCCAAGAUCCGGCAGCGCCAGCCCACGCACGUGGUCGUCGUGGGCGGCGGGCUGACCUCCGCCCAGGUGGCGGAUAUGGCGGUUCGGAGGGGGGUGCGCAAGGUGUGGUUGCUGAUGCGGUCGGAUUUUAAGGUCAAACACUUCGACCUCUCCCUCAACUGGAUGGGCAAAUUCAAGAACCUCGAGAAAGCCCGGUUCUGGUCCGCGGACACCGACGAGGAGCGUCUGGCCAUGAUCGCCGCGGCCCGCGGCGGCGGCAGCGUCACCCCGCGCUACCAGAAGAUCCUGAAGCAGCAUGCCGCCGCGGCGGCCCGCGGCGGCGGUGGAGGCGGACGCCUGGCCAUCCACCCGCGCACGACCAUCACCGACCGCGUCUACGAUGCUGCUACCCGCACCUGGCGUCUGAUCACCGACCCGCCCAUCCCCGAGCUGGCCGAGACCCCCGUCGACUACAUCUACUUCGCGACGGGGAUGCGGGCGGACGUCACCGAGAUGCCGUUGCUGGACCGCAUGCGCAGGGACUAUCCCGUCGAGACGAGGCAGGGCUUGCCGUGUCUCACGGAGGAUCUGAUGUGGUGCGAUGGCGUGCCGCUGUUUCUGGCGGGCCGGUUGGCGGCGUUGCGCCUGGGGCCGGGGGCGGCGAAUUUGGAGGGCGCCAGGCUUGGGGCUGAGCGGAUUGCGUGGGCGAUGGAGGAGGUUUUGGGGGGGAGGGAGGGGAGGAGUAGUGGUGGUGGUGGUGGUGGUUACGGGAGAGAGGACGAGGGUGAGGUGGUCGGGAAAGAGAAGGAGUGGUUCUGUGGGUUGGGCAAUCGGUUUGCGGGGUUGGGGGUUAUGGAUGCUUAG